AAUUAUUAAUUCCGUUGAAUUACAGGCGAGUCGGAAAAUCAAUUAAGUUAUGAAAAAUACCAUUAAUUGCCUUUCUUUGUCACCGCAGCCCAUGCAGAAAUGGCGGAUCUGCAGAUGUCGGGUGUUUGAGGAAAAAUACUUCCCGUCUAAUGAACAGUUAGCGGCUGAUAAAAACCUUUUCCCUCGACUGGAAUAUUUACGGUAUCUAGAUGAGAAUGAGCUGAUGGUUGUGGAAGUCCGGAAGAAGACGCUGGACAGAAGAGAGGGGCUGCCAGAGGAAGAUGCCAAGAAAAAAACAGCAGAAUCCACAGCCAGUCAAGUUGGAUUCUGAAGAUGGUGUAGCCGUUGAAGCUCCUGGAAACCUUCCCUUAGACACAGACUUUCUUCUAGGACAAGACCUUGUGUUUGGUGAUGCAGAUCAUGACAGAAUUCUAGGCCUGGAAAAGUUUUCAGAAGUAGCCGCUGAGAUUGGUUUCUCUGUGUGUCCUCUGGGUGAUGAGGAGAGUUCUUCCUUCAGCCAGCUCAGUAUGGAAAGUGAAACGGAAAACUCACGCAGCACAACUGACAACAGGAGGGAAAACGAGAGCAGAGGGACCCAGUCCGAGACAGGUUUUCCUCCUUGUCUGUCUUGUAGGGGCUGCGGACAGCUCCGUGAUGAACCUCUUGGACCUGGCAUGGACCUAGUUGGGCCGUAUUGCCUUAGGUGUUGCAAAGCCUCCAGGGAGGUAAAAAGUACAGACUUCUGCUCUUCUUUUGGGAGCGGCGGUUUGCCGAUUCGUGUGGAAUCCCAGUCUGAUUGUGAGAGGUUGGGAAAUGGGGUGGGUGACACGGAAGAACUGUCCGCUGAGGACAAAUUGCUCAAGCAGCACUCAUGUGAGCUCUGUGGUUUCUCCUCACGCUAUGCCAACCAUGUGAAGCGCCACAUGAAGACACACAAUGGGGAGAAGCCCUUUAACUGUCCUUUGUGCACUUAUGCCUCAGCCCAGCUGGUGAACCUGCAGAGACACCUGCGCAUCCACACUGGGGAAAAACCUUACAAAUGUGACACUUGCUCUUUCGCCUGCAGUUCCCUUGGAAAUCUCAAGAGGCACCAGCGGAUGCAUGUGCCUAAUGUGCCCCAGAUGCCCUCUGCAGGAGUGGGACAGGACACCCCACCGCAACCUGCUUGUGGCCAAAACAGCCUGAAGAGGCCUGUGAGUGAGCAAAGACCUAAUGAGGAAGUGACUGGUGCUUCAGCCUCUGAGGUUGCAAGGCCAACCUCUAACCUUAGUUUGGGGGCCCAGAACAGUGACUACCUUGCAGCCUUUGAUAACUUGAAGGGAGCAUCGCCACCCCCCAUACCUGCCUCCAACCCAGCUCCUGGCCACCAACCUCCACCUCUGCUGGAGAUGACAGGCAGCAGAAGCAGCAGGAUUACUCGAGGGGUCAUAGCAGAAGGCGCUGCUCUUCCGCCUUCACUUUUCCCUUUUACCUGCCGGUUAUGUGGGAUCGUCCUAGAGGACGAGGACGGUUCCUCAACCCAGAUUUGUGCCAAGUGUACCCUUGAAAUGCUGACUAAAGACUCCUCGUCAUCUCCGAAUAGCCCCGGCGAGCGCAGCGACAAGGUUUACACCUGCGCCGCCUGCCCCUUCCUCACCCAUUACCCCAACCACUUGGCGCGCCACAUGAAAACUCACAGUGGCGAGAAACCGUACAAGUGCCCCCAGUGUGACUACGCCUCGGCGCACUUCGACAACCUCAAACGCCACCACAGGGUGCACACAGGAGAAAAACCCUAUAAGUGCCAUCUAUGUGACUACGCGUGCGGAAACCUGGCCAACCUCAAGCGGCACCAGCGUGUGCACUCGGGCGCCAAGCCCUUCCAGUGCCCAUUGUGCAGCUACAGUUGCAACCAGAGCAUGAACCUGAAGCGACACAUGCUGCGGCACACCGGCGAAAAGCCGUACAAGUGUCAGGAGUGCGGCUACACCACAGGCCACUGGGACAACUACAAAAGACACCAGAAAAAACAUGGCGUGGCCACAGACGGCUGGGUGAAAGUUCCCAUCAUUGGCACCGACGUAGAGGACGGGAGGAAAGGGAUGGGAGGCGGCAUUCAGACUCACGGAAAAGAAGCUGGAACUGAUAUGCAGUAUAUGCCAAGGGAGGGGGGGUCUGGCUGUACACUCAAACUGCAAACUUAAAGUGCCUGUGACACGCUUUUCCCACAAAUGCAGAAAUUGAAAGAAAACGUCUAUACAUAUUGAAGGAGUUAGGCAAUAACUGAUGAUAUUAAGAUUAAAGACAUGAUAAAAGACAAUUGUGACACAAAAUAAGAAUAUUUUGAUGUUAAAGUUGCCCGGAAAUGACGUCAAAGGGGAAGUCUCCAAUCAUUCGUUGUGUGAGCAUCAAUGAUAAACGAUUCAGGUAGAAACAAAGUUGCGUUAAAAACAGCGUUAAUAUGGUGAAACAGUGCAUUGCUGGUGGUGGCAGCAAUACUACGACAGCAGCCGUUAGUCUGCACUAUUUUCUGAAGCGAAGAGGAUCAGAGCUGCUGGGAUCAGAGCUUGAAAACUGACGAGGGACAGAUGGGCUGGUCCCACCAAGCACAGCCAGUUGUGAUUGGAGGAUCGGAGCAAACAGCUUCAAACAAGAAACCUCUGAAUUCACAAGAGAAAUGAUGUCAGAGGUCAGGAUAUCUGACAAGCGAAUGUUGAAGCAGAUACUAUAGUCUUGAUGUUCAGUACAUCUGAUAGGAAAAGAUCACCAAAGAAAAGGUUGUUGUUGCUGCUGCUAAACGGAUCAAAGCUCAGCAGUUCCUUGUCGCAAAAGUACAUUUAGAUAUCGGCAGUUAUUGUUAAUAAUUAACAAUCUCAAAUUAUUAUUUUUAUUAAAAUAAGAUAAAUUACAGGUGUAUAUGAUAUAUUUAAAUAAAUGUUUCUCUAAAGAUUC